AUGGCGCUUUGUCUUCUGAGCAGAACAGUGCAACUAGCAAGACAUUUGUCCAGUCCACUGGGGAGAGAACUCUGUUCAGCCACUGCAAACAAGCCAGUGUUGACUUUAUUCACCAAGAAACCGUGCCCUCUAUGUGAUGAAGCAAAAGAAGUGCUUGAGCCAUUUAAGAGAAGGUUUAUUUUGCAGGAGGUUGACAUUACCCUUCCAGAGAACUCAGUGUGGUAUGAUAAAUACAAAUAUGACAUACCUGUUUUUCAUUUAAAUGGGAAGUUCCUAAUGAAGCAUCGAGUAGACAUUAAAAGGUUUCAGGACCACCUUAUGAAGCUGGAGACGCAAAAUGAUAGACACCAGUGA